AUGGAAGACGACAGUGAUGAUAAAGAUGAUACAAAACGGAGGACGCGCAACUUAAGUGAAAAGAAGCGACGUGACACGUUCAAUAUGCUUGUCAAUGAACUGUCUUCCAUGGUUUCUUCUAACAACCGGAAAAUGGACAAGUCGACAGUCCUUAAAUCCACAAUUGCUUUUCUGAAGAAUCAUAAUGAAAUUACCGUCAGAUCCAGAGCCCAUGAUGUUCAAGAAGACUGGAAACCAGCCUUUCUUUCAAAUGAAGAGUUUACUUAUUUGAUCCUGGAGGCUUUAGAAGGCUUUAUAAUGGUCUUCUCUACAACAGGACAAAUUUACUAUGUGUCAGAGAGUGUUACAUCUUUGUUAGGGCAUAGUCCGGCUGAUUUGACGAAUAAAAAUAUUUUUGACCUAACAUUAGAAGAGGAUCGGCCUAACUUAUUCAAUCUUGUACAAAAUCCACCAACCGCAAAUGAUCCUACACCAUCUACAAGCAGAGAGAACGAAAUCAGGUUCCGGUGCCAUAUACGCCGCAACAGCCUGAACUUCACAGAUGAAAACAGAUACGAGCUUAUCCAGUUCAGUGGACAUUUUCGUACAAACAUGGAGCACCAUGACGCGGGGGGCCUGUCGGGCUAUCAACAAGAUCAUAAUUCCAGUUUGCUGUUCGUGUGUACGGGAAAGUUGUACACGCCGCAAUUGCUCCGCGACGUGUCCCUAGCGGCGUGUAACCGCAGCGAGUUCACGUCGCGCCACAGCCUCGAGUGGAAGUUCCUGUUCCUGGACCACCGUGCGCCUCCCAUCAUCGGCUACCUGCCCUUCGAGGUCUUGGGCACGUCCGCCUACGACUACUACCACUUUGACGACCUCGAGAAAGUCGUAAAUUGUCACGAGAAGUUGAUGCAGAAGGGUGAACUGACGUCGUGCUACUAUCGUUUCCUCACCAAGGGACAGCAGUGGAUCUGGUUGCAGACGCGGUUCUUCAUAACUUAUCACCAGUGGAAUUCGAAACCGGAGUUCGUUGUAUGCACGCAUCGCGUCGUUAGUUACGCAGACAUGGCCCAGUGCCCAAAGGUGGAGAACGUUGAGCCGGAGGCCGUGGACGAGGUCGAGGUGGACAAUUGCCCCGUGAUGAAGGAACUGCCCGUGGAGGACGCGUUGGCCCAGUUGUCCCCGAGCUACAUUUCGGAGGUGCGCGACCCCUUCGGGAGCUCCUAUCCGACCAUGCCGCAGGCGGCGUCCGUGAAGUCCGCGUCGGCGGGCAGCGUCAGCGGCACCGUGUCCACCGUGGCCACGGCCGGCACCGCGGGCACCGCGGGCGCCUCGUGGGCCGCCAACUCGCGAGUGCGCUACGCCGCCGGCACCGACACCGCCUCGCUGUCCACAGAGUCGCGCUCCUCCCUCAGGAACGGCGUGACCACCCGCGAGCAAAUGCCGGUGGCGAACUCAAGAGGCCACAUUUAUGGACCUUAUCAUGGUAACAUGAUGAUGCUCCCGCAGACGCACAAGGCCCCUGAUACGACUCUGAUACCGCACCACGGUAUAGGGGCCCAAUACUUGGAGCCGGCGCCGUAUGUGAACGCCAUGGUCCCAGCGGUCCUCCCGGUUUCCCUACCUCCCUUGCCCGUCAUUGUAUCCCCGGACCAGGCGCAAAUUCAGUUGCAGCGCAAGCACGAGGAACUGCAGCAGAUGAUAGUGCGCCAGCAGGAGGAACUGCGCCAGGUCAAGGAGCAGCUGUUGCUCGCCCGCCUCGGAAUCCUUCAGCCGAUCAUCAACGUUCCCAACGCGUACAUGGCGGGCGAAGAGAUUCCGCAAAAUCAUCGUAUGCCGCCGCAAAUAACAUACGACACCACCCAAGCGCUAUCUGUCACUGAAUAUCAACAGCAGAACCCACCAAACUCGUCCAAUGGACACAUGGACCAGAACAUGCCGCAG